CAUAAAACUAUAUAUUCAAUUUAUAUGUUAGACAACAUAUAUGAAAGAAUUGAAGAGAGUUAUAAACCCUAAACUUAAAAAAAUGGAGAAUGAGAACACUAAUUCUCCUCGUGCACUAGAGUUAGAACAUGAGCGAACACCCACACCACCCUCUUCUUCUUCUCCUUCGUCAAGAGGAGCAGGAGGAUGGAGAUCCAUCAAAUAUAUCAUUGGUAACGAGUCGUUCGAGAAAUUGGCAUCCAUGAGUUUGAUAUCAAAUCUGACACUGUAUUUGCUCACAAAUUACAACCUGAGUGGCAUAUAUGUGGUUAAUGUGGUGCAAAUUUGGAGUGGAUCCUCCAACAUAUUCUCAAUAAUCGGUGCUUUCAUUUCUGAUACUUAUUUAGGCAGGUUUCGGACCCUUCUCUAUGGUUGUAUCGCAUCACUUCUGGGCAUUUUAACCAUAACACUAACAGCAGGUAUACAUCAACUAAGACCCGAAACCUGCAAGGAAAGAUCUCAUUGUCAAUUGCCACAAGCUUGGCAGCUAGCAGUCCUGUUUUUAGGUCUUGGACUAUUAACCAUAGGAGCUGGGGGAAUCAGGCCAUGCAACAUUGCUUUUGGUGCUGAUCAAUUUGACACCAACACAGAUAAGGGAAAGGGACAACUUCAGAGCUUCUUCAAUUGGUGGUACUUCACUUUCACCAUUGCACUUGUUAUAGCACUCAUUGGUGUUGUUUACAUUCAAACCAAUAUAAGCUGGACUUUAGGCUUUGCCAUUCCAACUGCUUGCCUUGCUUUCUCAAUAACCAUUUUCCUUCUUGGUCGCCACACUUACAUUUACAAGAAGCCUCAAGGGAGCAUCUUUUCAGACAUGGCCAAGGUCAUUGCAGCAGCCUAUAGGAAACGUAAAAUACAAGCUUCUCUGAGAAACCUUUACAAUCCUACUUCCACUUUAGAAUUGGAGAAUAGUAGGCUUGUUCAAACAGAUAGGUUCAAGUUCCUUGAUCAUGCUGCUAUAAUAGUUGAUCCUAAUGAGUUGAAUGACCAAGGCAUGGCUAGGGAUGUUUGGAGACUUUGUAGUUUGCAACAAGUGGAACACUUUAAAUGUUUAUUGGGAAUUCUACCAGUGUGGGUGACAGGAAUUUGUUGCUUCAUUGUGAUGGACCAGCAAAACACUUUUGGGGUGCUUCAAGUUGUUCAAACCAAAAGGUCUAUUGGGCCACACUUUAAUGUUCCACCAGGUUGGAUGAACCUUACAUCAAUGCUAGCACUCUCAUUUUGGAUAUAUAUUUAUGAGUGUGUCUACAUUCCCUUAGUGAGGAAGAUCACUAAAAAGCCUCCAAGAUUGAGCAUGGAGCAAAGAAUUAGAAUUGGGAUUUUGUUGUCCAUCUUAUGCAUGUUGGUAGCAGCAAUUGUUGAAAUGAAACGUCGUGAAUCGGCUUUGAAACAUGGCCUGUUCAUUUCACCAUUAAGUUUUGCCUUCUUGUUGCCUCAGUUUGCUAUAGCAGGCCUUACCGAGGCAUUUUCUGCUGUUGCUGUAAUGGAAUUCUUUACCUUGCAAAUGCCAGAGAGCAUGAGAACUGUUGCUGGGGCAAUCUUCUUUUUGAGCCUCUCCGUUGCAAACUACUUAGGAUCCUUAAUUGUCAAUAUUGUCCACAAAGCAACAUCACAUAGAGGAAAAACUUCAUGGAUAGGUGGUCAUGAUUUGAAUGAGGGUAGGCUUGAUUAUUACUAUUAUGUCAUUGCUGCAUUAGGAGCUUUGAAUUUCGUCUACUUCAAUUUCUUUGCUAGCCGAUAUUUAGUUAGUGACAAAGACAAUGAAACAACAGAGGUGCAACCAGGACAUUCAAUUGUUGUGGGAGAAUCAUCUGAACCAAAUGACGAGGAGAAUGUCUUGGAUACAAUUAGAACAAGACAAAGGGCAACCUUCUCUCCUCUUGUUGGAGUUCAAAUUUGAAAAUUCAAUUCUUAAGUGCCAUGAA